CAACACGGAAUAUAAUCGAACGCACGCAGUUCGAAAACCGGCUCUCGAGUCGUUCCCAUGUUUUUGCUACUGAUGGAGGGAUCGUUCUAACUUUUGGCCGUUUCCACGAAGCUCUCGCAAUAUCGCCUUUGCCGGACUCGAUUGCGGCUCUUAUGUGCGACUUUUGAUUCCGCAGCCAGUUUUUCGGGAUGGCAAAAAUUCUCCCGCCUCAAAUUAUCGACGAAGGAUCUCUCCAGCAGGGUCGGGUAGAUUGCAAGAAUGCUCCAAUUGUCAAACCUAUCGUCUACGGAAAUGAAGCCAGAUAUUUCGGGAAAAAACGAGAGGGUGAUGGACACACUCACGAGUGGAAGGUGUACUUCAAACCAUGGCGCAAUGAGGAUAUGAGUACCUGGAUCAAGAAAGUCCAUUUUAAAUUACACGAGAGCUACGAGAACCCAAACCGCAUCAUCUUGGCCCCCCCUUACGAAGUAGCCGAGACCGGCUGGGGAGAAUUCGAGAUUGUGAUCAAAGUCUACUUCCACGAUCCAAAUGAGAGACCUGUGACGCUCUACCACGUGCUCAAGCUAUUCCAAACCGGCAAUCAGGUGGAGCAGAACUCGAAGAAACUCGUGGCCGAGACUUACGAUGAAAUCAUUUUUUGUGAACCCACCCUGCAAAUGCAUCAGCUGCUCACACAGCCGACCGUUCCUCUCGCGGGUCAAGCGCCAGCCUUGUGGAAACAUGAAACGGACCUCGAAGAGAAACGACGCCGGACUCUCGCGAGCAUCAAGUCCGCGCAAGUCAAAGUUCGCCAAGAGAUCGCAGAGUUGAAGGAGAAAAUCAUGACGACGAGGGAGUCGAUUGAGCUGUCCGCUGCUCAGCUACAGAAUUGACCUCGCCGCUGAUGGAUUGAACCCAUGUAUAGAAACAGAGAUCGACGUGACAUACGCGGAAUGACGAGCAAGCGAUGGUGCAUCUCGUGUCACGAAGCGUCAUUAGGUAGCGAAACGGCUGAGAAAUGACGGAAUCUCCUUUAAUAGAUCGUGUUCUUAGACUGA